AUGAUGAGCAGGGGAAACAGGAAAAGGGAGGUUGUCGCCCCCCUUCCUCUCCCCGCACUCCGCCGCCGCUGCCCCGGGAGAGCGGGGCUCUCAAAGUGGGAACCGGAAAGCCCAGCCACCGCUGCAGCUGUGCUGUCAGGGUACUGCUUAUCUUUACAUGCCAUAAAAUCUCCUUGGAACGUGGAGAAGAAAAUGCACAGCACCAAGGCAGUAAAAACUCAUUGUAGUACAGUGGGAGAACUAGCAAGAGGCUGGCAGAGCUGGUCAGAAGAUCAUGCUGAUUAUCAAAGACGGAAUCCAUUCAGCACCAGCAAGCCAAUAACUGGACGUACUGAGAGGGGAGAUCCCACUUAUGGGAAACCCCCCGAAGGCUCCAAAACAGAACAGAGAGGAAAAGAUGCUCACACACAUAUAGGCAAGGAGGUGGAGGAAUUAUGCUUGGUUAUAUGUAGUGUUGGGAAAAGAGGACAAGAUGGAUAUAUGAGAAUAACAUUUAAACAGCUGUUUGACAGAUAUGUGACUAUAUCAAAUAAAGUUGUAGGUGUCCUGUUGAGGGCAAGAAAACAUGGCCUUGUUGAUUUUGAAGGUGAGAUGCUUUGGCAAGGAAAAGAUGAUGAAGUUGUUAUUACCUUAUUUGAAAACCAUGGCUGAACAAAUGUUGUUGCAUGAUAGAUUGGAAACAUUUUCAAAGCCUGAAAUAUUAACCAUGACAGUUGGUGAUGACAGUGAAGAAAAUGCUACCAGAUGGCGAUAUGUGAGAAACACAAAUGAUAGUCUUUGCCAAUGAAUUCUGCAGUGUUUCUUCGAGCCUACUUCUUAUAAAAUAUAUAUUUCAAAAUAUGAAGUCUAUCACAAGACCACAGAAUGAUCUGUGAAUCAAUGCAUGUUAGCACCUUACUUGAAAAUAAGAUGUUAUGCUGGAAGUAUAAAGGCCAAAAUAAAUGGAAGUAAUAU